GGCUACUCCUCGGCCUGGACCGGGGCAUCCAAUCAGACUUACAUACAUAGAAGCAGAUCCCUGUCUAGCGAGGCACGGCGCGCCUUUGGGUUAGGUACCUAACCACCGCCGACCGCCUGCCGAGACAAGCAAACCAUCGGAGCUUUACAUUAGGUACCUGUUAUUACCUUGCCUUUGCUUUGGCUUGCCAACUACCUACCUACCACCUUUUCCGUGUAAGACGAAACCACCUUUGGGGACAGAACAGACAUUUCUAAAAACCUUCUUUUUUGGAGGCUAACUAUCUUAUUUAUCGCUCUCGAAUUAUAUAUUAUCGCUUUUUAAUAGAACCAAAGAUCGCAUCGCAUCGUUCGCAACGCAGAAAACGGAAUGGCGACUAAUUCAGCGUCGGUUUCGCGCAGCGCGGCUAAGCGCUUGGUAAAAGAAUUAUCUGCCUGGGAGGCCGAGUCGCAGACCGAGGAGGGCAUCGAGCGCCUGGGGCCCGUGAGCGACGAGGAGCUGCUGCACUGGGAGGCCGUGAUCAAUGGACGGGGUGUAGGUAGUGGUUACGACGCGGGCCGCUGGCUCCUCGACAUAUCGAUCCCCCCCACGUACCCUCUCGCGCCGCCCAAGAUCUCCUUCCGGACGCCCAUUGUGCACGCCAACAUCGCGCUGCGCGGCGGCGACAUCUGUCUGGACCUGCUGAAGGACAAAUGGACGCCGGCGUACGGCAUCCUGGAGUGCGUGCGCGCCGUGCGCAUGCUGCUCAGCUGUCCCGAGACCGACAGCCCUCUGAACGUCGACGUUGCGGCUUUGAUACGCGGCGGCGAUGCGAUGGGCGCCAAGCGCCUGGUGGAGUUUUGGUGCAGCGAUGAGGGAGGGCGGUAUGAGGGGAGGUAGAGGUAGAAUGAGUUAUUGUGAAGCAUACGUAGGGUUACGACAAAUCGGGGCGAUGGAUGGUCGAGUUCGACGGUGGUUUGGAUGAGGUCAGCUGGUGGAGGCGGUCUUUACGAAUACUUACCUGGAAGGAGGUUAUUGAGGAAUAGUUUUUCUUUCGAGCGGGCGUUUGAUGGCAUAUAUGGGAUCCUGGGUCUCUCCUUACAUAUGAUAUAACAUACAUGGACCCGGUAUCAAACUACUACUUCAUUUUGAUUUGAUUAUAGCAUAUCAUUCACUGGUAUUUCAACUCGACGGA